CAAAUCUUCCUCUUUCACUAAUUCCAUGGAAGCAAUCGACCAAAAUAUUCUUGAAAAUGAGAUCAAACCUGCUGUUAAUGAUGAUAUUGAAGGGCAAACAUUUCAACAACUUGAAGAAGAAGUUCAAGUUUAUGAUUACUCAAAACGAGCACAGUGGCUUAGAGCUGCUGUUCUAGGUGCAAAUGAUGGUUUACUUUCGACAUCAGCACUAAUGAUCGGAGUUGGGGCUGUCCGCAAGGAUGCCAAGACGAUGAUCCUCACCGGAAUAGCCGGUUUGGUGGCUGGAGCUUGUAGCAUGGCCAUCGGAGAAUUUGUGUCUGUGUACUCACAAUAUGACAUAGAAGUGGCUCAAUUCAACAGAGAAAAUAGGGUUAGAGGUGCUGAAAAAAAUGAGAUGGAUGAGGCCAGGAAAGAGAAAUUGCCAAACCCUUUUCAAGCAGCCACAGCGUCAGCCUUUGCUUUCGCUGUAGGCGCAUUGGUGCCUUUGCUGGCUGCGGCGUUCAUAAGUGAUUACCAUGUGAGGUUAGGGGUGGUCAUGGCUGCCGUGAGUAUUGCACUUUUAGGGUUUGGUGGAGUUGGGGCUUUCUUAGGGAGGGCACCUCUUGUGAGAUCUUCCUUGAGAGUGUUAAUUGGUGGGUGGUUGGCUAUGGGAAUCACUUUUGGUCUUACCAAAUUGAUUGGUUCAACUGGACUAUAAGG